AGGAGGAUGAAAUUUGCUAAUUGCGAUGAAGCGAAAUACCGCAGAAUACCUGUAGCCUGUAGCCAAGUAGGAAAAAAAAACAGGUGUGGUGAUUAUUCUGAAAAUACCAAAUAGGUUUAUUGAUUUCUAACUACAAUAAAAUUUUAAUAUAAAAAACCGCCUAAGUGCGAGUCGGGCUCGCGCAUCAAGUGUUCUGGACACACCUUCAGUUACUUUUCGUUUCGUCCAAUUUUGUCUGUGCUAUAAGACGUUGCUUCGUAUCAAAUUUCGAGAUUCUGAGUUCACGGAAAGUAUCCUGUAGGUUUUGAUACUAAUCUAUAUAAAUGGGCUGGCUGUAGUAUUUUGUGCAUAUUCGAUUUUCGCCAUUUUGGAGCUGAUGGUAGCGGUGGUGUGGAUUCCAACUCGAAUAAACUGUAACGUAACGUUAAACCGGGACGGUGCCUAAGCUGUCAUUUUCAAGCAAUUGCCUAUACAUUUUUAGUCGUCAUAUUGACUUUGACAUAAUUCAAUAUGUCAAAUCUCAUCAUAAUCUAUUUUAUAACCUGAGUAACGCGUUGCAUUAUUCUUGUUUUGUAUUUGUAUUAUUUUGUCACAAUUUCAUCGUUACUUUAAUUGGUUAUAUUCUAAUCCGUUUUUAUUAAAUUCAUUGACGUGAAUUAUAAUGACGACAAUUAUUUGAUUAAUCGACAUUUUGCUUUUCACGUACUUUAUAAUAAAACGUAAAUAUGUCUAGUUGGGUCGGUUAUGCCGUGUCCGUAAAUUGCGGCGAGCCUCUUGGCUGUUACCAGGGAACAAUUGUGGAAACUGAUGGCAGUACAAUAACACUAACAAAGGCCUUUAGAAACGGUUUUCCCUAUCCAAAGUCUAAGGUUACACUUAAUGCCGUUGACAUAAAGGAGUUAAAGAUCAUAGAAGAGUCACAUAGUGCACCUGCUGAACAAACACACAGCACAGUCUCAGUCACUAAGAGUAAUAAGAAGGGACAGAGGGCUACUGUUUGUGAGAAUUUGCAGGCUAAUCCAUCAAAUUUAGUUAAUAUUGUAAGUAAUUCGUCAGCGAACAAUGUGAGCGCGGUGCAGACAGGCGCGGGUCGCGGCCCCCCGCCCGGCCCCCCGCCCGGCCCCCCGCCCGGCCCCUGCCGCAGCAAACCCAUUGAUAUACAAGGACCUAGAAGCAAUAAGAAUAUUAGUCAUUCAGGCGGGUACGCGGCGGCGGGCUCGGUGGGCGCCGGGGGUGGGGCGAGCAGGGGACGGGGCGGGGCGCAGGAGAAGGCGCGGCGCCGCAACGAGGCCUGCUUCGGCGACGACGCCGAGUCCGCGAUGCACGACGACUUCGACUUCGAAGGCAACUUGGCGCUCUUCGACAAACAGGCUCUUUGGGAGCAGAUGCGCAGCGCGGCGCGGCCCGACGUGGUGCGCGCGGCGGACGAGGCGGGCGCGCGGCUGCGGCACGACGAGAACGUGCUGGCGGGGCCGGGCACGGGCGCGGGUAUGGAGGUGCCGGAGGAGCUGCGCGCGUGCGAGUACCGCACGGAGGCGGGCGCGGCGGUGCCGGGCGUGUCGGACGAGGCGCGACGCCGGCUGUGGGCGGGGCUGCGCGGCUGGGCGGGCGGGGCCGGGGAGGCGGCGGGCGUGCUGCUGGCGCGCGCGGCGGCGGACGUGGCGCUGCAGCUGGUGGGGGGCGGGCGGCGCCUGGACUGGCGCAACGCGCACCAGGCGCCGGUGUGCGUGGCGGUGGCGGGGCCGCACCGCACGGGCGCGGCGGCGGUGCUGGCGGCGCGGCUGCUCGCCUCGCACGGCGCGCGCGCCUACGUCUUGCUCGCCGGUAACUCGCCGCUUUUAAUAUGGAAUAUAUUUAUGUACAUAGGUAAUUUCUUGAAAAUAAGUAAGUCCAUUUCGCUAUCUUUCAUAGUUUUAUAUAUCGACGGCGAUCUCCUUCUUUGUCUCGUUGAUUUCGACAGUCAUCUACGAGGAGCCACACGCGGACUCUUGCAUCGCCGUAACGUCUAUCUACAGGAUGAGCUUUUAAAAUUUUUUAGUGGUAACGACGUGACGCAGGCGAGUGCGGUCAGGGCGGGCGGGACGGGCAGGGCGGGCGGGGCGCGGUGGCGCGCGAGGUGGCGGCGCUGGGGGCGGGGUGCGUGCGGCGCGCGGGAGACUUGCCGCGCCCCGACCUGGUGCUGCUGGCGCUGCACGACCCCGAGCAGGCGGCAGACCACGCCCAUCCCCGCUAUCAGUAAGUGCGCCCUCCUCACCAUUCGGCUACAAAUGCCAUGUGAAAUGGGUGACAACGUUUCGAUGUGCGCGUGCAGGGAGGCGCUGACGUGGGCGCAGGGCGCGCGGGGCGCGGCGCUGGCGCUGGAGCCGCCGGGCUGCGGGUGGGCGGGGCUGAGCGCGCGCGCGGCGGUGCAGGGCGUGCUGCCGGGGGCGGUGCCCGCGGCGCUGGGGCGGCUGCACCUGGCGGACGUGGCGCCGCCGCCCGCCCUCUUCCGCGACCUCGGCAUCCAGUACCGCACGCCCUUCGCCGGCGGCGCGCUGCUGCCGCUGCACCCCGCCGACUAGCCGCCGCCCACACGCGCCCACACGCGCCCACACGCGCCCACCUCACACACACGACUCAUUUCGGCCGGGGUUGUAUGUAAGCUAAAUAUGAAUGUACAAAAUAGAUUUCGGUAUAUUUAGAACUUUGAUCGUUGGUAAGGAAGAGAAAGAGCUAAGAAAUGUGACACGUUGUGGUAAGACUGAGUGCGACGUGUGCGUGUGGCGCGGUGUUGGAGGUGACGAGUUCGUCUCUCACCUUCUUAAUAUACGUCGCUUUUUCCAUUCAUCUUCUUAGUAUUCCGGUAAUAAGCCAUCUCACUUUCGUCCGUUUCACCUUUCUAAGCUAUUUUAAAUGAUUUCAUCAUUAUAAAUAUGUAUAUAAUAUAAUAAUACUUCAAGAAAUUGUUCACGACUCGACUAUGGAGAUGUAUUCCGGCGCUGCGCAGCUUCUUCAUAGUUGAAUUAUUAUAAAUGUUAUUGAAUGAAUUUUUAAGUAAUACAUUGUUUUUAAUCAGUGCGAAUAAAUGACGUGCGAAAAGCGAAUUUAUCAUUUUCUUAAGUUCCUAUUAUCAUAUUCCCCGGCUCGAUCAUUACACAAGUAGACAGUAUUGUGCAGCGAGCGGCUCACUCUGGCGUUGUGAGU